AUGGCUCUACGAGCGUCGGCCUCACCCUCGCCCGCGCCAGAAGCGCCCGUUGCAGGUGCACCAGGACCUCGCGCAGCAGCCCUCCAGAAGGUCUUUGCUGGCGCCCUGGCAUCGUCUCUCAAAGCAAACUCGUACGCGAACUUCAGUUCGUGUUUCCCGACACCCGCGAAAUACUGUCCGACUGCGCUCGAAGGAGUCUGGAGACAACUGAACACGCGGUUAGAGGAAGAGUGCAUGCGCGAUUUCGAGAAGAUACUGGAAGAAAGACAGGUCAUCGCGGGUCUGAACCAGUGGGAUAGCAUGAUCGACGAGGCCAAAAGGAGGAAGCAUCGCGCCGUGGAAGGCGAAAUGCCACCGAGACCAUUGCACACUUUAUCCGCAGACGAAUUGUACACGGCUCACUUCACGCCCUACCUGCAACAAGCGACGGAGGAGCUGAAUACGAGGUUACAAGCGUCGCAGCAAGAGAAUGCGGCCAUGAGGCAAUCAAUCUGUGAGCAACGUGGUGAAAUUGAACAGCUGCUGACCAGCCUCGAACACGCCGUAAGUGACAUUGAGGGAAGUGUCGAGGCAAUGUGCACAGACGAACAGAGUGGCAUCAAUGACUUGAGAGAGGAUUCGUGGCAAAUGGAACAGGAAGUCGCUGCAACAAGAUAG